GGCGGUUCCGGCGCGCGCCCGGGGCGGCAGCGCGCGCGGCAGGGAACCAUUGGGGUUUGCAUUGGCCCUAGUGGACGUGGCUGUGGACACCAUGCAGCUGACCGUGAAGGCGCUCCAGGGCCGGGAGUGCAGCCUACAGGUGCCGGAGGACGAGCUAGUGUCUACACUGAAACACCUGGUCUCGGAUAAGCUGAAUGUCCCUGUGCGCCAGCAACGUCUGCUGUUCAAGGGCAAGGCCCUAGCAGAUGAGAAACGACUGUCAGAUUACAACAUCGGGCCCAAUUCUAAGCUCAACCUAGUCGUUAAACCUUUGGAGAAGGUGCUACUAGAAGAAGGGUCUGCCCACAGACUGGUCGACUCCCCACCCCUACCCCUCUGGCAGCUGAUCUCCAAAGUCCUGGCCCGUCACUUCAGUGUAGCAGAUGCCAGCAGGGUCCUGGAACAACUACAGAGGGAUUAUGACAGGUCCCUGAGCCGCCUAACACUGGAUGACAUCGAACGUUUGGCCAGCCGCUUUCUACACCCUGAAGUAACUGAGGCUAUGGAAAAAGGGUUCUCCAAAUAGCAUUCUGGGAUUGGGGGGGAGAAAUUCUAGGUCAGGCCACAGCUGCAUGUUGCAUUAAAUGUGUUCUCAUGUCGCAGUUUGGCUCAUAGUGAUAAUAAUAGCUGGUAUGUACCCAGCUCUUGCUAGGUGCUAGGCACUACUCAAAGUACUUGGCCUGAAUUCUCUUCUGCCUCCCACAGGACAGUUGAGGUUGCACUGUAGAGACACCUAGCAAUGGCUUGGGACAGCCAGAGUCCAAGUCUAGCCAGUCUUAGAAGUGCCUCUGUAGGAGAAAGAGUGUGCUGUUUUGAGGGAUGGGCCUUACCAUUCCCAUUUAGGCCACUCAGCAUACACCCUCAACUCCCUCAGGAAGCCGCUAGUCCCUGUCACUUGCCCUCUAGUGUAUCUGGCAUAGCCCUUGGCAAAUCUCCAUAGGAAGCCAAGUGGUAGCCAUCCAGGGCCCCUCUGCUGCAGCAGCCAGUGUGCUCUUGAUGUAUAACACAGGGGCUGGAGGAUCAGAAAGAUACCCCAGCUCCGAUGUAUGACUUGAGUCAAGUUUCCGUGCCACUUUGGUCCCCAACCAUUGAAUCUGUUCAAUGAUGGCCACUCAUCUGACCUGAAUAAGUUUCCUUCCCCCUUUGCCAGCUCAAGGUAGGAGUCUCUGCUCUCAUCACCUGCACUUCCACCUUGUGUUCAGUAAGCAAACUGAAGCCAAGCAUGGGCCACAGAUGGAGUAUCCUGGGCCUCCGUGACAUAGCUCUUCUUGGGGCCACCCUAUCUGCUUGGCUCCUCCUGGAAGUGGGUCUCAUCCAUGAGGGACAGCAGGUGACUCAGCAAGGCAUUGUCACAACUAGGACUCUGCCUUGGUCUCCUCACCCAGCGCUCACUCACAACAUGAGACGGAUGCUUCCUCUGCCACCUGUGUACAGGGGCUUUACUUUGCACACCUUCAUUGCUUAAGAAGAAACUCAGGGUGCUGAGGAGGAAAUAGAGAUAUAAGCCGAAGACAGUGAUUCUUCUUUUCAGUGUACCUAUGCUUGGGUGCUAAAGGUCAUGUAAGUAUUAGCUCCUUUGAGGAGGACCCCCUGGGAGCAGUUGAGGCUGGAAGAUAGCCACCUUCAGGACACGACUCCUGCCCCUCCACUCUUGCCAAGGAAGCCACUCUGAAUGUUGUCGGGCUACAUUUGCCUUUCUUGCCCAAGGGCCUCCUGGGACAAAUCUUGAGUCCCCAUAAUGGAAUGAUAAACUAAAGUGAGGCCUGAGGGGAUGAGCAGCUGAUAGACCCUGGUCCUCCCUAAGACUUGGGAUAUCACAUCAGGGACCUGCUUGUGAGCACAUAUAUGGACUGGCAGCUCAGAUAAUAAGCUUACCAAUGUCCUUGUUCACUUUGAGUCAGGGAACGUGUUUGGAAAAUUAAAUAACACUAAAGGUGUAUGUGAGACUUUUCACCAAAAUGAACUCUAUUAAUAAACUAGGCUGCUUUUGGUUUCCAAUAAUUGGUUUAACAACACAGGAAACAUGUUGGCUUAUAAAACUGAAAAAGCCCAGGAGUGCUGGCAGUGGAUGAACAAUUUCACCAGCUUUUUUCUUGCCUCCCACCACUACUUCCAAGGAUCAAAGGGUGGCUGCCUGCAGCUUCAUCAAAACCCUUCAUUCUCUGCCAGUGAGGAGCACUUUCUCUCUGUAGCAUAGCUUCUGUCUCAGAUGCCCCAGCAAAUAAAUGCUGUCUCUUAUUGGUCAGAACUGAAUCCUGUGUAAUUACUUGGGCUGGGCAUAUGGGAAAAGGAGCUGUUGAUUAUCUGUUAACAGCUACUCAGCCGGUCUUGGUCUACUUUCCUGGGCAUAUGUGAGCUGUACCAGCUGUCCCUCAUUCUGGUGGAUGCAGAUGGCAACUGUCCACUACAGGAAAUAACUAAACCAGAAAGAGCUUGACUCCCUUGGAGAUAGUAAAGGAGGAAGGGAUGAGGACUCAAGACAAGGAAUGUUUUCUGAGACUUGCAUCCAAAGACUCUUCAAGUUUCUAAAGGUAGAAACAAACCAUGGACGUGUUCAUGAGUCUCUUGAGCCAGUGUUCCUCAAUUCAGAGCACCGGAAAUCUUUAAAAUGGUCACCUUAGCCAGAGAUGAGACAGUGGUGUUUAGAUGAGUACAAUUGGCAGGUUUUGCUGUGUAGCUACCUAUAGAGCAAGAAAAUAGAGGGUUCAUCGGGAAUCAGGCUAUGCCUGAAACAGAAAAUUCACAAGUGUAGGAAUGGGUCCAAUUGACAACUGAUUGCCUUGGGAGGCUGGGAUGGCUAUAUGUGGGAAGUCAGGGACAGGAGAUAAGAUUGGACAUAGAGAUAAGUGAAGAGCCCUCAAAGGGGGCCCUAUAAUGAAAAGGCUGAUCCAGAAAAGUAGGAAGACACCUUUCGAUAGUCAACUAUUGUAUUUCUAUGCAGAGCACUUCCCGUUUCAUUCUCUUCUGACUGCCAAAUGUAGGAAGUAGGUGAGCAAUAACUUGAACCCAGGUCUAGCUUUAUUCUUUGGGCUCAUGUAAGCAUACUGCUAUAGCCAGGAAUUUUCUUUACACGGAGAAUCUUAGAUACUGGAAGGAUGACUGAGGUGGCUGACCUGAGAAAGGAGCUAAGGAAGAAAGGAGAGGUCUCAAAUUCAAGGAGCCAGCUUCACUAACCAGAGGAGUUUAGAAGGGAGCCCGAGGUAAAGGUAUUGAUUGACAGGAGGUGGUCACAAGUGCAAGUCAAGGGCAGGCCUCCAGAAGAGAGAGACCAUCGGUGCUGCCACUACAGGGACAAGAUGGAGCCUCUCUCUGGAGUUCUUAAUAUGUAGGUUAUUGCCACUAUAUGACAGGCCAAGGAGUCCUCAGGAACCUCUCAUUCCACAAGAUGUGUGUACAAAGGAAUGGAGACAAAUAGGUAAUGUUUGUUAGGUCUCAAAUCCAGAACAAAUGGCUGAGAUGCCUACUGAACAUAUCAAAGCAGACACAGCCACCAGGUUCUCCCAUAUCUCUCAGUCCCUACCUAUUCCAGGAUCCUCCUGGCUGGCAUUCCCCAUCCCCUAUGCUCAACGUCUCCAGCCCAGGAGCCUGGGCUGCUCUUCUAUAAAUAAUCCAACCAUUUUGGUUGCCUGACCUUUUUGUCUGGCCCUUACCUUCCUGGCUUCUUGGUCCCUUCCCACUCCACACUAUCCUCACAUGGGUCAGGGUCAUGUCCACUCUGGACUCCCCCUGAUGUUCCUGCCUCUGGGUAUGCUCUCCCACAUGUCUGCAAUACACUUUCUCCUCCACCGCACCUAGGAGCAGUCAUGUUCAUUUCCUUUCCUUUUCCUUUUAUUUCUUUUUUCAUUCAGUGUUAAGCCUUGGGGAGUUCUGUCAGGGCAAGGAUGUCAGAUAAGAGGAGGGAAGACAAGAGAUGACAAAUGCUGCUUGAAUAAGCAAUAGGAAGGGGGCCAUAAGAGGAGGCUGGGAACUUGGUGAAAAUAGAGUGACUGCAGGAUGCAGACCUUCCCUUUGCCCUGAA